AUGUAUAAACCUUCAAUCACUGGCACAAAUAACAUUCCAUUAGGAAAAAGAAGGUUAGGAGGCUCUAACGAAGAAGUCGAGGAGAAAGAAAUCAAAGUGGAGUCAAAUGUUGGACAUUCGCUCAAGAGAGCAAACGAAGAACAUGAUCAACAAACAGAUGGAACUGCUGAGGGACGUAGGCGCAAAAGAAGAAGCAGGUGGAGCGGAGAAGAAUCAAAAGUUGAUAUAGGUGUUCCGACUGCUAUUACCUACAAUAUGUCAAAAGAACAAUUGGAUACGUAUUUAUUACACAUGAGGUUAGAGGAAAUUGGUCGUAAAUUAAGAUUAGGGGAUUAUGUUCCACCAGAAAGAGAAAGAUCAGCAUCUCCCGAACCGGUUUACGAUUCUCAGGGUAAACGUGUUAAUACACGAGAGUAUCGAUAUCGCAAGAAAUUGGAAGAUGAGAGGCAUAAAUUAAUCGAGGAAGCUGUACGAAGGAAUCCCGAAUUUAAACCUCCAGCCGAUUACAAAAAACCUACUAAAGUUCAAGAUAAAGUGUAUAUUCCCGCUAAAGAAUUUCCUGAAAUUAAUUUUAUUGGGUUAUUAAUUGGGCCGCGUGGUAAUACUCUCAAAAAAAUGGAGUCUGAAUCGGGAGCAAAAAUUAGUAUUCGUGGCAGAGGAAGCGUAAAAGAAGGAAAGAGUAGAACAGAUGCUGCUGCUAAUGCAAAUCAAGAAGAAGACUUACAUUGUUUAGUAACAGCUGAUGCUGAAGAAAAGGUCGCUAAAGCAGUUAAAAUGAUCAAUAAGAUUAUUGAAACGUCGGCUUCGGUUCCUGAAGGUCAAAAUGAACUUAAACGACAACAAUUACGUGAAUUAGCAGCCCUUAACGGUACACUUCGAGAUGAUGAAAAUCAAAUUUGUACCAAUUGUGGUGCCACUGGCCAUCGCAAGUAUGAAUGCUCAGAAACUCAGAAUUUCACUAUUAAUUUGACUUGUCGAAUUUGCGGAGGUCAUGGUCACACUCCCAGAGACUGUAUGGAAAGAAAUAACCCUGAAGCUUUGCUGCAAGCUAAACAGAGAGACCAAAAGUUGGAUAGUGAAUAUAUGAGCUUAAUGGCUGAAUUGGGAGAAAAUGUUGAAACAUCGAGGAUUAAUGAACCUGGCGCUAAAGUGGGACAUUACGGUCCAUCUGGUGGUUCUAAGCCUCCAUGGCAAUCUCAUUCAAUUGUAGGGUCUGCUACUGCGCCACCAUGGGCUCCAAAACCAUCAAUAACUGCACCUAAUGUACAUGCUGGAACUAGUGCCUUGCCACCAUGGCAGCAACAGAAUAUUCCACCACCACCAG